CGAUGCUAUUUACCACACCGUAGAUGGAUCGAUAAAUAAAAUUGAUAUUGCGAUUGGUUGGUGCAAUAAUUAUAGAUAAGCCCUACAACCGGGUCGCAAGGACAAGUCUUGUAUGUAAUGUAUUUUGUUUAGUGGACAUAAAAAUAUAGUUUUGGCUUUGGUCAUUUGUCUAAUUGUCUUUAUCGAAAUCAGAAACUUAUUGAGAUUAUUAACAAUGGUUGAGAAAGGAGAAAGUGUUGACAUUCAUUCUAAAGUGUCUGUACAGGAACAUUCUAAUGAAGAAGAAGGGCAGGAGGAAAACCCUAAAUUUACAAAGCGUCAGAUACUAACAUUCAUUAGCCUCUCAUUGGCAAAUUUCUUUGACUGUUCUUCUUUUUCAUUAAUUGCACCUAUCUACCCAAAAGAGGCCGAGGAUAAUGGAGUCGGAUCAACAGUAAUAGGCUUGAUAUUUGGAUCCUUCUCCUUUGUAAUGUUCAUCGUUUCACCAAUUUGUGGAAAAAUUUUGCCAAAGGUUGGAGCCAAGUUCAUGUUUUUAUCUGGUGAAUUUCUGUGUGCUGGGGCGAAUAUUAUAUUUGGAUUCCUCAACAAAAUGGAUAAUAAGACGCAGUUUGUAGUCUUUAGUUUUGUGGUGCGAGGCGUGGGCGCUGCAGGAGCAGCUGCAGCCGUGACGGCCAUGUUCGCAAUCAUUGCAAAUACAUUCCCUGGCAAUGUUGCUAAAAUGAUUGGAAUGCUGGAGGUAUUCUCAGGACUUGGAUUCAUGCUAGGACCACUUAUAGGAGGUGUACUUGACCAGGCUGGAGGGUUCAGCCUACCGUUUCUAGCUGUUGGAGUUGCUGUUAUUGCCAUCAUUAUUAUCAAUGUAUUCCUGUUACCGAAUGAUGAUGUUAAACCAAAGGAAUUAGGCUCAUACAGAGAAUUAUGGAGAAUACCAGCCGUGUGGUUCACGUCCCUGGCCAUUUUAACCGGUUCCCUAGCCCUUGGCUUCUUAGAUCCGACACUUGCUGAUCACCUCCAUGAUAUUGACCCGAAACUGAAUCCAACUCAAACCGGUGCUUGCUUCCUUCUAGUCGGCGGUGUCUACGCUCUAACCAGCCCUUUUUGGGGAUGGUUAGCAGACAAAGAGAAUGCAACAAGGCCAAUGAUCGUUGGUGGCUUCCUGGCAGCAUUUGUUUCGUAUCUAUUAAUUGGACCAUCUCCACUUAUUCACUUACCAAAGGAAUUGUGGGUAAUCUGUUUGGGACUUGGUUUUCUUGGUGUUUCUAUAGGCUGUGGUUUGACCCCAACCUUUCAGGAUAUGCUGGUUUCAUCAAGGUGGUAUGGUAUGUCAGAUGAUCUUCCAACACAUAGCCUUGUUUCUGGACAUUUUAAUAGUAUGUUUUCAAUAGGAACAUUUGCUGGACCAGUUCUGGGAGGUUUUCUUGUAGAUAAUCUUACCUUUAAAUGGGCUGCUACAAUAUUUUCAGGUCUAAGUCUAGGACUGUGUGUUGUAUUUACUAUAUUCAACCUGUGGGAAUUUAGGUGUUUUAAAGGACGAAGGCCUCCUUCAAGAUCAUCAUCAUCAGUUUUGAUUGUGAGCGAUGAUGAGACCGCACCACUGCUUGGUGCGAAGAGUUAGUUGUGAGAAUCACAGUAAAAAUGAAAAUAAAUAAAUGCUGGAGUUCAUCUGGAGUGUCACAAAAACACCAUUCAUAAUAUUGUCAUGCACACUAUAAAUACUAAGAGAGAUAAUAUUAUAUUUUGUUCUUUAUUCGAACAUCAUCAGGAAUGAUAUUUGAAGAAAUUCUAGUACUGUAGUCAACUACUUCUUGCUUUCAAUCAAACUAAAUUACAGACCAAUCGGAGCAGGCUGGGAAUAUGUUCAUGUUCCACAAACGCAGGUGUUGUCGAACAUAUGUAUUCGCUAUCGUUUUGUGGACCUUUGCUGGGGCAUAGUGCUGGUUUCGGUGUGGGGGGGGGCUGUCUCUAGAUUGCGCGAAAAAUGAGAAUGCAGAAAUACAGUAAAUCCCAGAAUGCAGAACUAAAUCGCUUACUUCAAUGUAUUGGUCAUUUUUAGUGUUUUAACCCAUUUAGUGCACCCACUAACCUACGCUCAUGCUUAGCAGCAAUACCCAAGAGGGAGAGGGGGUGGGCUUAAAAAGGUCCGUUCAUAAUGCAUUUUUGUAUAUCAUUUUUGUCAGCUGAUAUUGUUUGUGUUGUUUCCUCAUCAAAUGUGCAAAUGCAUAAAUAAAUUUAAAAGGAAUAAUUCCUAAAGAAUGUUUUACCAUGGAGAAAAGGACCUCCAUGGUUAGGCUAUACAUAAUAGUCUCUAGUAACCUUCCAAUCUUUUAGAUUCAAAACUUGUUGUAGAUAUAAUUUCUCAUUCAAUUCUUAUAGAUGAGUGUUGUAUGUUGAUGUGCAGAUUAUAAAUAUUACCUUGUUUUUAAUGAAGCAUUCCAAAGUUCAUGUGAAUGCAUACAUCAAAGAAUAUGUAUAUAGUGAUCUGAGGAUGUGUGGAGAUAUUUAGGAAGACUGGGAGAGGAGAAAAUUGUUGACUAUGAUACAAUGUUAUUUUGCUUGCUUGUAAAAAUUUAAAUUACUGGACUACUGUAUUCCGGUUUGAAGAUGACUGUCAUUUGUAACCCACCUUUGCUGUAUUUGAAAAAAAAAAUAGUUUAUUUCUGUUAAAAUGUUAUCAGUGAUAAAAAGGUUUGUGAUGACAAUAUUUUUCAGUACACUUGUGUUGGUAUUAUUCUAUGCUGUGGCAGUGGAAUUAUUCUGUAAAAUGGAAUGUGUUUAGUUUUUCAUUUCAUUUGACAGUCAUGCCAAGUACAGUGUGAAUGUGGUUUUAUCAGGGAGUUGGUAAUUGGUCCUAUGUUUUGACAGGUAACCAGUGGCUGAUAAUGGAAUAUGUUUAUAUUAAUUUUGACGUAGUUUCUGCAGCACUGUCAUGCUCCCAUCAGGUUCCUACUUUUGGUUGGUGGACUGAGGAGCCAAGUAACACAUUAUAUACCUACAUUCCAGGGAUCUAACAUGACAGUAAAUUUGUAUAUGAUUUUGGGGCAUAAAUUCUUCAAAUAUUUACUUAUAGCUUAAGUACUGUAGAGGUCUAUGAUGAGUAACACUGACAUGUUUUCAGAGAUAAAUUUAAUGAAAUGUUAUUGUAAUAAUGUUUUAUAUCAAGAUAUCAUAUUUUAUGUUUUUUUGCCUAACCACUGAUACAGUUUAUACAGUAGUAAAAGAUUUUAUGUAUAAUACAUACCAUAAAAUUGUUUACUUAUAUAUUCAAUAGUGAUAAUUAUUUAAGGGUUAUUAAUUAAAUAUAAUAUAUAUUGUUGCUUGUAUUUCAACUAUACUACAGUACAGGAAUUUAGCACUAUGUAAUUCCUGUGCUAUUUUUAUAUAAUAUACAAUUUAGCAAGUAUGUAUUAAUAAGGUCCACAUAACUCAGGAUUAAUUUAAUUACAUUUAAUAUAUAUUAAAGUAUGAAUACUUAAAAGCCCAUUUCAUGGAUACAAUGUGCUGGAGAAACAUAUGAAUUAAUAUGUUAGAUAUAAACUGCUAUAGUAUAAUGUAUAGCAUUAUACAUUAUGCUAACAAUUCAUGGAUCAAAUACCUAUGAAACAGAUUCCUGUGGAGAAUUCCAUAAUAGGGAGUUUUUGCAAGUUUAUGAAAAUGAUAACAAUAUGGUUGUCAUCAAUUGUUUAGACAACUCUUCCCCUAUAGUAAAUAAUAAUAGAUAAUAAUAAUUUAUUUGAACAUACACUUUUGUAACAGUAACACACUUCAAAAUGACGGUGCAUUGAAAAAUAAAUUCAAAUUAACUAAAAACAAUUAAGUAAUUGACCAAAAGUAAAGGAGAUAAAAAA